AUGAAUACAUGUGAAAGCCUGGGGGGAGGUAAUGGGGUGAAGGAGUUGAAUGUUAAGAAAGGAAGUGAUCAUGCUAAAGGAGAGUGCAAUAAAAAUGAGCAUGCCUCAAACGAGCAAGUGAUAAAUGAACAAGAUGAACAGAGCGAGAAGAGCGAAGGGAGUGGAAGAAGCGAAAGAAGUAGAAGUAGUGAUAGGAGCAAACGAAGCGAAAGAAGUAGAAGUAGUGAUAGGAGCAAACGAAGCGAAAGAAGCAUGAUAAACGAACAAAAUAGUAGGGGCCAGGCCUGCGAGGCGCGGACGAAGAAGCUACUGUUAGACGAUGAUGUUAACAUAAAUAAAAUCGUUGAGAAGAUGUCAAAGGAGGACCCACAAGCACUAACGAAGAUUUACAAUUUAAUGAAAAAUAAUAAUUGUUUGAACUUUUACCCAUUGUUGACACCAUAUCAUAAUAUAGAAAAAAUUGUCGAUAUAUUAAUAGAAGAAAAUUAUGAACACGAGAACACGUGGUGUGUACAUUUUGAUGCAUCUUUUAUUUCUCAGUUGCUCUAUGAAGGGUUCAUACCUGUAGCUAGUAAACAGAGAAUAUAUAGAGUAGAAAAUUAUGAAACGAUUAUAUAUAAAGAAUGUUUAUUAAUACCAAAGAUACACUACAUUAGAUCAUGUAUGCAUCCAAGUGAAAUACAUAUUUCUAAAAAAGCUAGAAAGAAAUGUAAACAUUUUUAUAUAACUGUAGACAAAGAUUUUGAUGGAGUUAUAGAAGGAAUCGUAGAAAAACAUGGCAAGAAUUGGCUUUACCCAUUCGUACAAAAAGAAUUUAAAAAAAUUUUUGAAAAAAAUAUUAUUUAUAAGAAUGUACAGAUGCAUUCUGUAGAGUUAUGGUUUGAAGAUAAAUUAGUAGCUGGAGAAAUUGGCAAUACUGUUGGGUCUGUAUAUACUAGUUUAACUGGUUUUCAAAGGAAAAGCUGUGCUGGCACAAUUCAGUUAUGUGCAUUAGCUAAGUUAUUAGAAUUCCAAAAUUUUCAAUUAUGGGAUCUCGGCAUGUUAUUACCAUAUAAAAAAGAAAUUGGAUCAAAAGAAAUACCAAUGAAAGAAUUUUUCAAUAAACAUAGAACGUUUAAACAUCAACAUGCAGAGUUCAAGGUGCCUUUUAAGGAUAAGCUUAAUUGCAGUGUACUUAUUAAAGGAAUCGGUAUGGACGAAAUAGCGAAAGAUGACGGAGGGUCCAAGUAG